AUGGAGCGAAUUCACCUCCUGGUGGUGGGGGUCUGUCUGCUGAGCUGCUGCAGGGCGGAAGAAGGGCUGAACUUCCCCACGUACGAUGGGAAAGACCGUGUGCUGAGCCUCUCAGAGAAGAACUUCAAGCAGAUGUUGAAGAAAUACGAUGUGCUCUGCCUCUAUUACCACGAGCCCGUGUCUUCAGAUAAGGUGGUACAGAAACAGUUCCAGAUGAAGGAGAUUGUCCUGGAGCUCGUGGCCCAGAUCCUGGAACAUAAAGACAUCGGCUUCAUGAUGAUUGAUGCCAAAAAGGAAGCCAAGCUUGCCAAGAAAUUGGGCUUUGAUGAAGAAGGGAGCUUGUACAUUCUUAAGGGCGAUCACACAAUUGAGUUUGAUGGUGAGUUCGCCGCAGACGUGUUAGUGGAGUUUCUCUUGGAUCUCAUUGAAGACCCGGUGGAAGUCAUCAACAACAAACUGGAAGUCCAGGCCUUUGAACGCGUGGAGGACCAGAUCAAACUCCUGGGCUUCUUCAAGAGCGAGGACUCUGAGUAUUACAAGGCAUUCCAGGAGGCGGCUGAACACUUCCAGCCUUACAUCAAGUUUUUUGCCACUUUUGACAAAGGGGAAGACAACUUGAAUGGGAUCCACAUCGUGGCCUUUGCGGAGAAGAGCGACCCCGAUGGGUACGAGUUCCUGGAGAUCCUCAAACAGGUGGCCCGGGACAAUACGGACAACCCCGCCUUGAGCGUCCUCUGGAUUGACCCGGACGACUUCCCAUUGCUCACUGCAUACUGGGAGAAGACCUUCAAGAUCGACCUGUCCAAGCCGCAGAUCGGCGUGGUGAACGUGACGGACGCCGACAGCGUGUGGAUGGAGAUUCCGGACGACGAUGACCUACCCACCGCCGAGGAGCUAGAAGACUGGAUCGAGGAUGUGCUUUCUGGAAAGAUCAACACCGAGGAUGAUGAUGACGAAGAGGACGACGAGGACGAUGAAGAUGAUGACAACGAUGAUGAUGAUGAUAAUGAUGAUAACGAUGAUUCUGAUGAUGAGGAUAACAGUGACAGCGAUGAGGAUGACGAUGAUGAGUAGCUGAGAGCCAAAGGACCUGAUCAGAACACAACCACAGCCCCCGCCCCGCCCAGCAGUUCCUCUCCUUUUCUGCACCCUUCCUGGUCCCUUCCCAUCAGGAGAACUCCUUUCUAAAUGCAGGAACCCAGGCUGCUUGUCCCUGCCGACCUGCGGCUGUUCCUGCUCUGUGAAGCUGGGUGGAGCCAGAUCGGCUCUCCUCACGAUCACCUGUUGUCUCUCCCCAGCACGUGACUCAGGAGCAGGGAGUGACUUUGUAAGAAGAGCUGGGACAGGAGGCUCAGUCCCAAGCCUUUGCAUGGCUGUGGAGAGGUCUGGGCGCAGCAGGACGGGGACGGGAGGUUGGUCUGCUGGCUGACAAGUCUCCUCGCUGGCUGACAAGUCUCUUGUGUCCCCCACCCUGAUAGCGGGCCCCUAGGGACUCAGCUGACCUCCGAAGAGCCAUUCUCCAUGGCUACUUGUGAGCCGUCCCGUUUCGGGCUAAAGGUUGCUUUACCCUGGGUCGGCUAGCUCUCAUUUAGCAAGGCCCACAGCAUCCAGAGCCGGCUGGGGCUCUGUUCCCAACCAGGUGCUGAGACGCCGAGGAACUCCCCAAGUGCCUUCUGCUGCCUAAUAGCUUGUGUUAAGUAUCA